GUCACUUCUUUGCUUCUCCCCCACCCCCAAUCUUUCCCCCAUAAUUGAUGACCAUCUGUUGAGUCAUCUUUACCCCCACAGACCUUUCUUUCCCCUGUGACGUACUUCUCCCACUUCUGACGGGCAUAGUCAUCUCAUCCAAUACUUUUAUAAUGGAAUCUCCUGUUUGAAACCAGUAAUGACCGAAGGCCCCAAUAUGAGAAUCAGCACAAUGACAGGAGAAGGGAAGAAGAAGGCAGAGGAGGAGGAAGUUUUUUCCACAGUGGACUAGAGGAAAAUAAGGCAUUCAAACCAAAGUACUUCUGAUUUACAGAUUACCUCCCCAAGGCAAUUCUUCUUCCUGAAAAAAGGAGCCCAAGAUCACUUUCCCAGUGGUGAUGUCUGGAUGGAUGGCUUGUUAGCUGGCUGGCUGCCUCCCUGGAUAGUGAUAGUCGAAGUCUCAAAGAGCAGCUGAGAAUCUGGUAAAAUGACAAGGAAGGCAACAGUUCUUAAGACCCCAGAGAAAAGCCAGCGAUCCGGCUUCCUUUCACUGCUGUACCAGACCCUAUGUGAGCCUAAACUAACCUGCACAGGGGUCUUUUAAGUCAAAAGUGCUUUGUAAAUGCGCCUGUCCCUUUAAAGAAAGGGAACGCUGUUUCUCACACUCUGCCUCUGUGGGUGAACACAAGGUGCUGAGAUUGAGCCGCUUGAGAGAGAGAGUAAAGACGAUCCAGUGGAAGGAAGAAGAAGGGAAAACCUGCUGGAAAAAGGAAAGAGGUGAAUUGGGGCAGAAAUGAAGAUAAGUGAAAUAAAGGCAACAGGGCCUGGGGGGAGUUCCCAUAUUAUGAAAUAGCAAUCCAGAAACCUGUUGUGACUUCAAAAUGACUUUUCACGUGGAAGGGUUGAUAGCUAUCAUUUUGUUCUAUUUGGUCAUCCUGUUUGUUGGAAUAUGGGCUGCUUGGAAGACAAAAAACAGUGGGAGUGAUGGAGAUCGUAGUGAAGCUAUUAUAGUUGGUGGAAGAGAUAUUGGCUUGCUAGUUGGUGGAUUUACCAUGACUGCCACCUGGGUUGGAGGCGGUUAUAUAAAUGGAACAGCUGAAGCAGUGUAUCUUCCAGACUAUGGACUUGCCUGGGCUCAGGCACCCAUUGGGUAUUCGCUUAGCCUAAUUGUAGGUGGCAUGUUUUUUGCAAAGCCCAUGCGUUCCAAAGGGUAUGUAACAAUGUUGGAUCCAUUUCAGCAAAUUUAUGGAAAACGGAUGGGAGGGCUUAUCUUCAUACCUGCCUUGAUGGGAGAAAUGUUCUGGGCAGCAGCCAUCUUUUCUGCACUAGGUGCCACCAUAAGUGUGAUAAUUGACAUCAACAACACCAUUUCAGUUAUUAUUUCUGCCUCCAUUGCAACCCUGUAUACCUUAGUGGGAGGACUUUAUUCAGUAGCUUACACUGAUGUGGUCCAGCUGUUCUGCAUUUUCUUAGGACUUUGGAUCAGCAUCCCAUUUGCCAUUUCCCAUCCUGCAGUGACAAGCAUUGGGUACACAGCUGUGCAUGAAGUAUAUCAAAAACCUUGGCUUGGAACCAUUAAAUCCCCUGACAUAUACAAAUGGAUUGACGAUUUCUUCUUACUGAUGUUAGGAGGAAUCCCAUGGCAAGCCUAUUUCCAGCGAGUCCUUUCUUCUUCAUCAGCUACGUAUGCACAAAUGCUCUCUUUUCUGGCAGCAUUUGGAUGUCUUGUAAUGGCAAUACCCUCAGUGCUUAUUGGUGCCAUUGGUGCAUCAACAGCUUGGAAUCAGACUGAAUAUACUGGUCAGGACCCUAAAUCUGAAGAUAAAAGCGACAUGAUAUUACCAAUUGUCCUUCAAUAUCUUUGUCCAGUGUACAUUUCGUUCUUCGGCCUUGGAGCAGUGUCUGCUGCUGUAAUGUCCUCUGCUGACUCUUCCAUUUUAUCAGCAAGUUCUAUGUUUGCACGGAAUAUAUACCAGCUUUCAUUUCGGCAAACUGCUUCAGACAACGAAAUAGUUUGGGUCAUGCGAAUUACCAUUUUUAUGUUUGGAGCUGCAGCAACAGCGAUGGCUCUGCUAGCUCAAUCCAUAUAUGGUCUCUGGUACCUCAGCUCUGAUCUGGUUUACAUCAUCAUCUUCCCCCAACUUUUAUGUGUUCUUUUUAUCAAAGGAACAAAUACUUACGGUGCCAUUGUAGGAUACUUAUUUGGGCUCCUACUUCGAAUUACUGGAGGAGAAGCUUAUCUAUCCUUACCGCCUUUGAUUUUGUAUCCUGGUUGGUAUCUUGAUGAUGAUGGCAUAUACAUUCAGAGAUUUCCUUUUAAGACAUUAGCUAUGCUUACUUCUUUCUUUACAAAUAUUGCAGUAUCCUAUCUAGCAAAAUACUUAUUUGAAAGUGGCACUUUACCACCCAAACUAGACUUCCUUGAUGCUGUUGUUGCAAAGUACAGUAAAGAGAACAUGGACAAGGCUACUCUUGUGAAAAGUGACAAUAUUGUUUUAAAUGAACUGGCACCAGUGAACCCUCGACACAGUUUGAAUCUGAGCUCUACUUUUACAAAUAAAGAGGCCUUCAGCGAUAUGGAUUCAAGUCCAGAGGUAUCCACUGCAGAGGAGAAAUGACAACAGCCCAGAUGAAGAGAAAUACUGCUUUUGCCUCACCCAUAGUGCAACAGGAUAUGCUGCCAUGGGAAAUUAAAAGUAGCUUGGGAAGAAAUGGAUGGAGACAAAAAAAAAAAAACCCCCACUACCUACUCUUUUAGUUUGUGUCUUGAAAGAGGAACAAUUUGGAUUAAACUCUUACACAGUAUUAUCAAAAACAUGUUGGGUAGAAUUAUAGUAUAUCUCAUUCCACCACAGUAUUUGAAUGUCAAUAAGAGAGAAAAUUCAACAUCCAGAGAAAAAAAAACAUUGGUUUCUUUAAAAUUUAUAUCACUAAUUUGCACAGGUAGAAAUAAUUUGCAAAUUCAGAAUCCCCAUUUUCCCAGUUCUCCCCCAUCUGCUAACUUGACAGCUUUUAUUUUGCACAUCUUGGAGCAAGAUUGAGCUGCUCAAUCAGCUCAAUGUCAGCAGCAUUCCCAAAACUGCACCACUGAAGUGUAAACAUUUAGUAGUGAAUUUUUCUUGAAUUUUUUUAGAAAUAAGAAACCAAAUGUUGUGUUAAGAUCCUAACACUUUAAAUAAAAUGUAAUUACACAAAGGGCAAUAUAUAGCACUGCUAUUUUAGUGAUGUCAUUGGAAAAAAUGAGACCAUCAGCUGCUGUCCAAGUUUAUAGUUAGGAUGGAAUUUUCUCAAAUAGAGAAACUCUUGAAAUAUAUAAUUAAUUUGUGUCACAAGUUUAAUAGGAAACAUUAUGUUGAUUUUUUUUUUUAUCAACAUAAAAAAUUUGUCAAGAUUGGAAAAAACAGGGAUUGCUCCCUUGCCUUCAGAAGUAGAAGGGAAAACAAAUAUUCAAUAUCAGCUAGUAUGUCCUGUAUGGUAGCAAGGUAUUCAGUAAAGAAGAGGAACUUAACAGAUUCUAUGAUCUCCAGCAAUAAAUCGUGCUCCUAAAAUUAAUAGAUUUAAUAACCAUGUAUAUUUUAUAUCUCUUAAACUAUAGAUUCAGCCCCUUACAAUUAGUAAAUUGAAAUAUUCUACUAAUAAUAUUCUUUUCUUUCAUGAAAAUUAAGGUUUUUCUCUCAGCAGUUACUCUUUUAUAAAGCUUGUAAAAAAUAACAACCAUGAUGUAGCCACCCUGGUUUUCAAGUAGUUAUAUCUAGAGCGCCCUUGAGGGUUUUUUAAAUAUUCAGAAUUCCUAAACGGUGCUCAAAAUGAUCUGGGAAGAGAAUAAAAGUUUUAGCAUCUCUCUUUCUUCAGCAUUUUCUAUCUUUAAAAUAGUCAUUAAAAAAAAAGCAGCUAGCUGGUUAAUGCCUUCCAAGCAUGGUAGCUUUAAAUGUGCAGAGUUUAUUUUAUGUAUAAUACUAUUCCAACUGUUGAUAUCCCUUUUGUCAUCUGAAAUGAUAUUCCUUGGCAGGCAGUUUAAUUAUCUGGAUUUUCUGCUUCUUUUUUUUCUUUGUGGAACAUUGCUAGAUAGCUAACUGCUUGAUUAGACUACGUUGACCUUGCAUUCAAAUCAUAGCUUUGUAUAACAUCUAACAGUGUGGAUACAGUGUAUGUAUAUGUGUGCUUCUCAUAUCACCUUUUGUAGUCAGUGUCAAUAUAAGCCUUGGUAAAUUGCUAUCAUGCGUGCAUUCACCUAAUUAUAUCCAUGUUUCUCCAGAGCAGUUUAAAUUUGGAUAAAUGUGAUAUAUGGUCCUCUGAGCAAGGCUUUUGUAUAUAUGCAAGAGGAUUUAUGCUCCCUUUUGAAAUUUAUUACAGGAAAAUAGCAGGAAAAUGUGUUUCAACAUUUGAUGCAUUCCCUUAAAUAUAUGAUGGAACAAUUAGCCUUUUGGGAAGCAAGAUUACAUCCUCUAUCCAUCAGUAUCUAGAACAGGGAUGGGAAACUAUGGCCCUUUUAUGACUAUGGCCCUAUAAAAGGGCCAUAGUUCCACACCUCUGAUCUAGAAUGACCAAUCAGUGCAAAAAAAAUAAAAACCUGCAUGGUUGCUGACACUGUUUGUUUUUUAUUCUCAGAAACAAUAGAAAAAAGAAUGAAUUGUUACUUUUAAAUUGUGUUCCACACUAAAGUCUCAUCCAUAAAGCUACAUGCUACACAUGUGCUCAGAUAUUAGGGAAUAUUUUCCUGAAUAACAUUUCCUUUCUUCUCAAGAGGAGAGGGAAACAGAGAAAUGCUGUCACAAUACUGAGAUCCAGUGCACCCCAAAGAUUUUUUUCAUUGGCUGAUUAUAUUUAUUCCCUCUGCUGCUUUCCCACAACUAGUGACUUCUUUCCAUUCACUGGAUGUCUCAAAUCAUUCUCUCUGCAUUAUUUUUGCCUCUCUUAUAGAUCGCUACCAGUGUGGUAACAAUUCUUUGAUUUGUAGUAAAAAAUUAGUUUUGGUCAGAAUAUAAUUUUUAUUGAACUGUGAAUUAUACACUAGAUACUCCAUCAAAAGUUAAUUAAAUAUUUUAAUGUGUAAUAUUCUCCUCUCAGCAGUAAAAAAAAAAAAAUUACAGCAAAAAUUUGAAUUGAGAAUUCAAUCUGAGAGGAAAAGCUGGAAAGAUGGCUUGUAUUCUUGAAAGUGAGAACUACUAAGGAUUACACACCCAGUUUAUGGUAUUCACAAAUGACUAAAUCAUCAAAAGAAUUAUAAUUUUCAGGGAGUCAUAAAAUUGGAGGAGAUUCAUGAACUCCAUUAUUUCCCUAAACUGCUGCCAUUUCCCCAUUACUUUUUCACAAUUCAUUAGUUCAGUGAAGUAUUUUCCAGGUGGAGUCUAGAUAGAAAAUGGCUGCUACCAUUACAGGAGCAUUGCUGAACCACAGCAUUAGAGAAAAAGACAGCCUAUCAGCUCCAGUAGAAUUAACAUCAUAAUGAAAUAGGCAGUGCAUGUGUUUUUAAAAAAAACCUUAAAGGAAACCAAAUCCAUUUUCUCUGUCACACACCUCAAAUUUCAAUGCUUGUAAGAAGACAAUUUAAGCCUAAAAUUGUAUAUGUAGAAAUACCCUAUUGUCUAUUAAAAGGCAUUUUAAACUUGAGGGAGGAAAGAGAUAGUAAAUUAACCAAGUACAUAUUUUGAUUAAAAUUUAUAAAAUUGUGGAUUACAAUUUAAAUUGCUGCUAAAAGAAAAAAAAUCAAUAAGAUUUUGAAUAUUUACACUUUUCACCAGUUUUUAAAAGGUUAAUUUGCAGUCUAUGUGCAAAUUUUCUUUAAUACUAACCUAAUACAUAUAUAAGAUAAUAAAUUUAAUUGGCUCUAUUUAUAUUUAUUUUUUUAAAAAACCUGUAAUUUCAUUUCGGUUUAUGAACUGAAUCAUUAUUGGCAAACUGCCUCCAACAAACAUCCUCACCAUAUGUUCUGUUGGUUUAGAAAAAUAUAGCCUUAUUUCCAAGCCUACCAAAUUAAACAAAUUAUAAACCAGAGAUUGAUACAAGCCAUGGAUUGCUGCAAGCCAUAGAUUGGCAUUUCAACAUCUUGGUUAUGUAUUUAACUAGUGAAGCUAGUUAAUUGUAUUACUUCCACUCCUGUACUGCUAGACAUGGGAAAAUGGUAGGACAAGAAAUGAAAUUUACCAAAUACAAUAGGAGCAUGACCUGAUUUUACAAAGGAAAAGAUGCAUGAAUCUCUUAUUGUAUUUCUCUCCUCACUUAAAUCAGUUCAAGUAAUCUGUCAUUGAUUACAGAGGGAGAAAUGUAAAAUUUCUCUAUUUCUAUUUUCCUUUGCCAAAGCUAAUUAUAUGUUUGGUAUACAGCAUAUUGUCAUGCCUUUUUAAAAUAAAUUUUAUUUUGGAUUUUUAAAAAAUCCAGUGUUUUCAGUGUAACGUGGGUUAUUCCUGACUGUAUCUAGUUAAUGAAAUAUGUUUCUAGAAAUUUCCUGAAGGGUAUUCUUCAAGCUAUAUUGUUACAACUUCUAAUAUUAAUUUCUACAAAUACAUAUUUCUAGGAAAUAGUGAUACUGUAUAUACAUGUUGCUUUUAAAUAUUUAUAUUUUGCAUCUUGCGGAACCCAGGUAGGACUUCAUAGUCAACAGCAGAUCUAUAUUUCAUAUUUAAGUUUUAUGACUCAGCUAACAUUGAUCACAUUCUAAAUAUUUUCAGAUUUCAAGAUAAGAAAGAAGAACAUAUUAUGAAUUCAUAACACAAUUCUGCAUUGUAGAAUAGGAUAAACCAAAUUUGUGUAUAGGAAGUGUAUAUUCAAUGUUGUAAAUGUCCUUAUUGAUCUUCUAAAGGAGAUGGUUCAGCAUAUUAUUCACACUUCUCACUUAAUAUAUUUUAUCAGCAUCUAUUAUUGCACUACAUAUUUUUAGGAGAAAGAUCUUGUCAAAAUGUCCAAGCAGAAUUUUCCAUUAAAAAAGAAAUCUGCAAUCUUUAUGAUCCUUAUACCAUAUCUAUGAUCAUUGAAACAAUACAAAGAGUCAGGGUCACAGAAACAAAGUAAUGUUAAACACUGGGUUAUUUUUUCAUAUGAUGGAAAAGUCUGUAACUUGUACUGGUAGCUGACCAUCAUUCUAUAUCAAGUAUGUACAUGCUCUCAAUUCACCCAAGCAUGAAAACUCAGAGGUUUAAUAGAAAAAUGGAGGGAGAAAACAAAAUUCUAUUAAAGCUAUGAACUUAUUCUGUGUUAGACUUGUACUCAUAAUAAGAUUGGAUCAUGUCCUUAAACUUAUUCAUUAGCAUUAUUUCUAUAUUUAUUAAAGGAAAUUUGUCAUGAUUCUGAUGUGGCUGUUAAAAUAUAAUUCUAGCAAAAAUGAAAAGCUAUUUUUGAUCCAGGACUGCAGCACGAAGCAGUAAAAUACUCCAUUAGAAGAUUUCUUCAGAACAAAAUAGCAUCAGAGACGAAAUUAAGCUGCCAUUUGCUCAUUUUACUUACCAUGAAACUCCAGAAUGAGUUCAUUGUACCUGCUCGCAGCAAUACAAUUUGCACAAACUUGAAGUUCCAAGGCUUUGCUUGCUUAACAAUAGUAACAGAAGUAGAUAAAAUCAUCCUGUUGUAACUCCUGUUACAUAACUCCCAUGCUUAGGGAAGUAAUUCUAAGUAAGCUUUUAAAAAAUUACUUUGUUUCAUUAGCGACAAAACUGGUCAUUCCCAUGUUAUGAAUGUUAUGAGAGACUGAAGUGAAUGUAAACUUGAAAUAUAUUAAUACUUCUAACAGUUGGAUUUUAGUUAUUUAAUUUCAUAGAGUGAUCAUUAACAUUUAAAAUAUUUUAAGUCAUAGGAAGAAACAUGAUCAAUUACCUGUCUACACUUGUGCUGAUUUGAUCCAGUAAAAUGUGUCAGUAUAUAAUUCUAAGUCUUCUAUUUAAACAGGGUAAUAGUUAUAGCUAUUAUUUAUUAAUGUAUAUUAUAUAUAAAUAUAUAUUGUCUGUCAUAAAUAUAUUUUAAAGAUGUUUGACUCAAAUAAGGAUUCCACUGUCAAUAUCUCAGUUUCUCUCUGCAUGUACAGCAAUAUAUUAAUACCCACAAAUUCAGAAAAAAAUAUCAAAUGUUGUCUACUUUGGCUUCAUUUUUGUCCAGCUAUUUAAAAAUAUAUAUAUUUAUUUUAACAUUAA